AUGAAGGAGACGAGUUCGGAAGUGCCGAGCGUCUGCGUGCGCGAGCUCCACGGUCAUCAAGGACCCAUUAACGCCAUACGUUUCAAUUCCAAAGGAACGUACGUCAUGACAUGCGGCCAGGACAAGACAGUAAAGCUCUGGAAUCCGCACAGAGACGGUGCAGAGAAACCUAACGAGGCGCUUCUAGUGAAGACAUACAAGGGUAGACACGGAUACGAUGUACGAGACGUUACAAUAGCUCAUGACAAUUCCAAGUUUGCUUCAUGUGGUCGAGAUCGAGACGUCUUUAUGUGGGAUGUACCAACUGCUCAAGUGAUUCGCAAGUUUGAAGGACACGAGCAUAGUGUAAAUUGCGUUCGCUACAAUGCCGACUCAUCCGUGCUGCUAAGUGGCUCCUAUGACAAAACGAUCCGGGCUUGGGACAUCAGAGCUCGGAAUGCGUAUAUGCCGAUUCAAGUUCUCGAUGAUUUUAGAGACAGCGUCACUUCGAUGGUAGUUACGGACCACGAGAUUAUCGCGGGGUGUGUUGAUGGUGUUGUGCGAACAUACGAUCUACGAGUCGGGCAGCUCUUCCGCGAGCAUAUUGAUGAACCCGUGGUAUCAGUGGCGAAUUCUCCCGACGCGCGUUUCGUCCUGGCUGGAUGUCUGGACGGCUCUAUUCGGCUCAUCGAGAAAACUAAUGGGACAGAAGUGAAGAGUUAUCGCGGACAUAGUGUCCAAGAUUACAAGAUUGAGUGCGACUUUUCUAGCGACGGGGCCUUCGUGCUCAGUGGUUCCGAGGACGGGAGAGUUUACUGGUGGGACCUCGUAGACGCCAAACGAACGCAUUCAAUUGUUGCACACAAGAAACCAGUACGAACACUUGCGUGUCAUCCUGAGAGCAGCAUGUUUGCCACUGGCUGCAUCGACGGAUCCGCAAAAGUGUGGUCAAACACUUGA